CUGCGAUGGCGAGAGGAGAGAAGGGGCGGGAACGAAACAACCGAGCAAGAAAACAGUUUCCCCUUAAACGAUCACGCGUAGCAAAAUCCGAGGGACGGGUUUCCGCCGCCGCCGCUCGCCGUGCCGUCACCGGCUGCUUGCUUUCGCGUCGGCGGGCCGACGCGAGGCGCCAAACAGUGCCAUGGCGAAGGCUCCGGGCGGUCCCGUCGGGGACCCGCUCCUGGUUUCUACGUUCGCGUUGAGCGGCACCAAGAAAAGGCUUAUGCUCUACGAGAACGGCAUCAGCGUCGCCGACGUCAGCCGCCAUAGCAAGACCGAAGACGACGAGUUCAUUCACCUCUCGAGGGUCGUGACCGCCGAGGCCUGGCCAUGCUGUAGCGGCGGCUGCGGCCAGACUCGCGCCGGCGGCGAGCGACCUCCGGUCAGCGUGAGCGCCAGCGCGGCCUGCCUCGUGACGUCGACGGCCGACGGCGGGAGCUCGUCAACAACGGUGGCGACGACAACGGCGACCGGCUGCUACGAGGGCGGCGGCGGGGGCCGCGUGACCCUGGGCGACCCCGCGCUGCGGCUUCACGUGGCCAAGCCCGUGCACCGGCACUCGUGGUGCCUACAGACCAUGGUGCUGCGGGGCGUCUCCGGCAGGAGCAGCGACCACGCGCUGAUGCACCAGUGGGCCGACGCGGUCCAGGACAGGCUCAGGGGGGUGGACAGGCCACGGAAGCUGCUUGUGUUCGUCAAUCCUUUCGGCGGUCGGAAACGAGCGCCUGUCAUCUACCAGCGCAAGGUGGCGCCCAUAUUCCAAAUGGCUGGCAUCUCUGUGGAAUUAAUCACGACACGGUAUGCGGGUCACGCUAAGGAAUGCCUUCUUGAAUUGGACCUUUCUCUCUUUGACGGCGUCGUAUGUGUUGGCGGCGAUGGCAUGGUCAAUGAAAUUGUCAAUGGCGUGCUGCUGAGGGCACAGCGGGAUGCUGGGGUUGAUGCAAAUGACCCGAAUUCCCGACUACAGCCGGGAACAAUAAAAAUUGGUGUGAUCCCUGCUGGCUCCACAGAUGCACUGGUUUGCACCACAACUGGAGAAAACAGCCCUGUAACAUCGGCACUCCUUAUAGCAAUGGGGGCUGAAAUAGGUGUCGACGUCGCGAGUAUCCACAGUGGUGAACGCCUGGUGCGGUACUCCUCGGGAUUCCUUUCUUACGGCUUCUUUGGAGACAACAUCAAGGCCAGUGAGAAAUUUCGCUGGAUGGGACCAUUGCGCUAUAACUGGACUGGCUGGCAGACCUUUCUGAAGCACCAUGUCUACGAAGGGGAACUGAAGCUGCUUGUACAGCCAGAGACAACUGAUGCCAAUUACGACCCUGCAGGAACUGACCGAUGUAGAGCAGGAUGUGAAGUAUGCCAUGCAGCACCUGGUGACAUCCCACUCCAAGUUCUCAAUACUUCGGACGUCCACACUGAAAAUAAGCCCUACUGGUUAGGCAUCCAGGGCCACUUCCUGUCUGUGAGCUGUGCUCUCAUGGCCAACCGGUGUGCACGGAGCACAGCAGGCGUGGCUCCCACAGCCCAUCUCGGCAAUGGUCUCAUGGAUGUCGUGCUGGUCUCGCAGUGCUCACGGCGCAAUUUUCUCAGGUUUCUGGUUGCCCUGGCCAAUUCUGAAACAUGCAGCCCCUUCAAGUUUCCCUUCGUGCACUGCUUCCGAACAAGUUGCUUUGAGUUUGUGCCCAAAACGCCAGACUCUAGCGACGAAGGCACAGUCAAGCACACUGGCUCUUGGCAGUGUGAUGGGGAACUGCUACCAGAAACUUCGCUGCUCGUUAGGUCUCAUCGUCAGUUGCUCAAGCUGUAUGCACAUGGCAUCGAAGAGCGAGACGAACCCCGGUCAGAUCGCUGCUUCUGCUCCUGCCAUUAAUGAGAGAAGAUAGAAGUAGCGUGUUACAGCUAAGGCAGCUCUCCAAGCCGUUGUUGCUCCUUCGUGUGACCCUACUUUCGUGUCUUUCAUUCUGCCUGUUCCCGACAAGGCACUGUCUCGUUUCAUGGGUCCCUCCUUUGCGUCAUCUCUGUACGGGUGCUUAUGCAUCCACAUUUGUGUGUUGAAGCCAUUGCCGGGUCCACAUUCACGCAUCAGAACUGUUGGCUCACGACUGAAUGCCAAGUGAUGGCUUGCCAUGUUCCUGUGACCCAUCCAAGGCGACAUUUCAAUCCCUGCAGCUCACUUGCCUAUUUUGCAACAGGGGAACUGUGCUUUUUCUUGGUACAAGGCUCCUUCACUUUGUAGAAAUAUUUUUGGGUAAGAGUGUGUAGGUUCCGUUUUAGAGUAGCCGGUUACCAACUGCUGGGCAGAAAGCCUAUGAGGCAUUUUUUUUUCAUUUCUGACUGGAUCACUUCUUUGUGAAGAGCCAUGACUUGAAUUUGAUGUUAACUUCUGUUUUAGCUGCUUUUGUUGUAAUUUUAUAGAAGCAAUGUAUAGUGGCCAUAAACUGGCCCUUAUUGCUUUAGUUACACAGAUCUUAUAAUCCCGAUUAGAAUUCAAUAGAUAGAGCCACUUAGCUGUCAAACAGCAGCAAAUAGUCGAUGUUAUUAGGCAUACUAGUGCCCUUGCAUUUUAUGGGCAUCAAGCAUAGUUUCAGCAGUUUAUGUCAGAGACGUACUAUAGUGGUUUAUGGCACCUGAUGUGUCACUGUAAUGUGCCCCUGUUGUAGGAGAUGGCAUGUGUUGCGUGAACACUGACAAGAGUGUUUUCUCAAGAGAUCUCCAAGCAACCAGCAUGCUGAAUGUGUGGCUCCUUUUCAAGACAUUCCACAGCGCAUUCUUUUCAGUCGUUAAAUGUGAGUGGGACAAAAGAAACACUCGAACAAGAGGUACAAAAUGUGGUUGCUCUGAGCAAUGUCGCGAGGCAUUGAUUUUAGGCAUCGGGCAUACCAAGCAUGUUCUUGUUACCCCAGACAAUAUUUCCAUAACACUGAAAUGUUAUCACUGAAAAUUUUUCAGUCUUCAAUAGGCAGUGUAUUUGUUUCCUUGAGAUUAUAUGACCAGCUGAAGAUGCUUGGCUUGUUGUGUCUCUAGUUUUGUUGCUUCAUUGCAUUGAACUUCAGUGAUGUGGCAAGCUUGCAAUAAGUGUGAACAGGGAUGAGGGGUUGUUUUCAAUUAGGUGAUUGUGACUAGGUGCAGCCUUCAUCUGACUAAGCAAGUACUCGUGUGGAGGGGUGUGGUUUGGCCUGUACGCUUUCUGAAGAUAUACGUCGCUAUUGACAUUUGUCAGUUAUCUUGAAAAUGAAAGAUGUGUAAUGAUUUCUGUUGUACGGCUGCUUUUUCUUCAGGGUAUGCUUUGCCUAGUCCCAAUAAAUCAGUUGCACAAAAUGUUUUUUUUUUACUGGGCUACCGAGGUAGUUGUAUGUGUAUUGCACACAGUGGCUUGUAGCCAUCGGAGACUGUGAUAACUAUGCUUUCCUUAACAAGAGGUGCGACCAUGUGAUAAUCCGUUUUCCUGCUGUAUCCAGAAGACAGCGCAUUUUCUACAGUAUGCAAUGGUUUGUUGUCCACAGGCCACCAGAUCACGUCUUGUGUUGUGUCAGUAUCAGUUGCCACUGUUCUGUAAAUAUUUGAAGAGGAAGCUUUAGCUCGGGGGCUCCUAUGUAAAUACAUGGAAAAGGAGAAAUAGUCUUUCUCGGCAUCUAGUGCACCAAAUUUGAUGGUUUAUUGCAUUAAAAACCAAAAUAUCUGGUAACUGUUAGUUUUUCAUUUAGGUCGUCAAUCUUUUACAAAAAUUGCAAAAAUUUCAAAUUUUCAGAAAACAAAACUAUGAAGUUUACAACUCUGCAACUCAACAAUGGAAAACGAUAUCACGAUUCUGUAAAUUGCACCUAAUAGCACAUCUAAAGCGGACAAAAGUGAUAUACACGAAUACAUGGCUUUCAGAUAAACCGCUAAUAUGUGAGUACAGCUUUUGCAAAACCUUUGUAAACAAUGCAAGGAAUUCACACAAGAUAUAAAUUGACAUUAAAUCUGUCCACUUUGGAUGCUCUAACAGAUGCAGUUUACAGACCUACGAUAUCUGUUUCUGGUGCAGGCCUACUGGAUUGUAAACUUCUCUCCUACUUUUGUUUCAAACUUGUCAAUUUUUGAAAAUCUCUAAAAAAAUUCAGGCUCUAACUCGAAAUUUUGCUUCCAACAGUCACUAGAAUUUAACUUUCUCUCUCAAAAGCAACAAAUUUCAUUAAUAUCAGCCCCGUGGUUGCUUGGAAAAGCGAUUCUGUACUCUACAUGUAUUCGAAUAGGUGGCAUCGGAGUUGGGCCUGAGCUAAGCUUCCUCUAAUACGCCUGUCAAGUGGGCAAGUUAAAGGAAUGCAACAUUUGCUGUGCCCGAGUAGUAGUUGAGCAGCCACAUCUUGUUGGUGUUAUGAAUGUAGAAAUUGUGAUGUUGCCAUGUUUGCCUUUCUGUACAGACGUGUAUAUUUUGGUUUAUGUUGCUACUGAGCCACUCGCAUGAGAGGCUGGGGCAUACGCAGUUGCGGCUGUGAGAAGAUACGCAACUGUGCAAUAAAGAUGUACAAAAUCCA